GGCAAUAAAAGCACAGCUGGUGGUAGAGUCCCAUUUUUGCAUUUAUUGCUGCCAUUACUGACGGUGACGGCCCUUUCCUUCACUCCAAAUCCCAUUUAUUACUGAUACACAUAAUGCCAAAUCACAAUUAUUUUCAAUGACCACUAUCUCCCUUUAAUUUAUUUAUACUUAGUACUCACUUGUUGGCCAUUUAUAAAAGGCCCAUAUCCAAGAUAACAUUUCUUCUGCCUUUGAGAAUUUAACAGAGUCGUUUCUUUUUCUCUCCCCACAUAUAUAUAUAUAUAUAUAUAUUGAAGGAUCUAUCGAUGACGGCAGAAGUUAGUUCUGUGGUUAGGAUUAUGAAUGAAUCGUCAUCAGGGAAUAAAUCAACGGCUUUAAUGACAAGGGACUUGUUGGGAGGAUGCAGGUCCCUUGAUUCUAAGGAAUUGGACCUUGAUUUGCAGGUUCCUUCUGGCUGGGAAAAACGUCUCGACUUGAAGUCAGGAAAAGUGUAUCUACAGAGGUGCAAUUCUUCAUCGACGAAUUUGGAACAGAAGCAACAAAACUAUCAAACAGUUCAAGACCUUAAUUUCCCUCCUUCGUCAAAGCAACCGCUCAACCUCUUUGACGAACCAAACUUAGACUUAAAGCUGCUUCCUUCAUCGUCCUCGUCAUCAAGUUAUCAGAGUGUAUGCACCCUCGAAAAAGUAAAAUUUGCUCUUGAAAGGGCAGAGAAGGAAACAACGCGCAAACGCUCAAUAUCAGUGUCAAUGUCAUCAUCUCCAAGGUCAAAUUCCUCGUCCUCAAUCAAGGACGCGGAGAUUGAUCAAGAGAAUCCAUGCUCUUCUAUCGCUGCUGGUUGUCCUAGUUGCCUGCUUUACGUGCUAAUAUCGAAGAAUGAUCCUAAAUGCCCUCGUUGUCAUACCAUUGUUCCAUUACCCGUAGCAAUGAAGAAGCCUAGGAUUGAUCUUAACAUAUCCAUAUAAGAGUGAAGAACCAAGAAAUCAUUUUGAUUUUUUUUUUUUUUUUUUUUUUGUAAAGAUAGAAGAUAUAAUCUUGUAAGUUAUAGAAUGGUAUAUACAAGUUUCAAACUAUUGAGUUCCUUCUUGGCAGAGUAGCAUAUGACUGCACCUUUUCAGUGGAUAAAUGCAUGCUUCAACAUUAUUCAGUCUUUUGACGAUAUGCAUGUACUGAUACGUAUUUGGGGCUCCUGUUGCAACAGCUAGCUAUUGUGACCAUGUAAUUUAGACAUGGUAAUGGCCUUUAAUUCUGGUGGCAGGACAGUCAAGUCAUGAAUGGAAUGAGCAAAAAUUGCUUGACAAUUGGUUGA